UUGAGCGUAUGAGCCGGUUGAGCUGCCACUCGAGCAGACGAAUUCCUCUUUCGUUGGUCCCCGCACCACUCGCACGAUUCCGGUUUGCCGAUCGCUAUGCGCAUCACCGCUUGUUGGGUCGUCGAUCGAGUGAUCGUGAUCGGUGAACUACGUUGUGGUGUGGUGUGUUUGAACGUCGCCAAAUACUGGAAUACAUGUGAUACCUACACCUUCUUUCCCCUGGGAUACUGAGCCGGAACAACUCUCAAGAUGCCUCGUAUUAUGAUAAAAGGCGGUGUCUGGAGGAACACAGAGGAUGAAAUCCUCAAAGCGGCGGUGAUGAAAUAUGGCAAAAAUCAGUGGUCCAGAAUCGCGUCACUGCUUCAUAGGAAGUCGGCGAAGCAGUGCAAAGCAAGAUGGUACGAGUGGCUGGACCCGAGCAUCAAGAAGACGGAGUGGGCGCGGGAGGAGGAGGAGAAGCUGCUGCACCUGGCCAAGCUGAUGCCCACCCAGUGGAGGACCAUUGCCCCCAUCAUCGGCCGCACCGCCGCCCAGUGCCUCGAGCACUACGAGUACCUCCUGGACCAAGCGCAAAAGAAGGAGGAAGAUGGGGAGAUUCUUGACGACCCUCGUAAACUGAAGCCUGGAGAGAUUGAUCCUAACCCAGAGACAAAGCCAGCGCGCCCUGAUCCUAAAGACAUGGACGAAGAUGAGCUGGAGAUGUUGUCGGAGGCCCGUGCCCGACUGGCCAACACGCAGGGCAAGAAGGCCAAGCGCAAGGCGCGGGAGAAGCAGCUGGAAGAGGCCCGGCGGCUGGCGGCCCUGCAGAAGCGGCGGGAGCUGCGCAUGGCGGGCAUCAGCCUGCCGCCCCGCCGUCGCAAGCGCCAUGCCAUCGACUACAACAAGGAGAUCCCGUUCGAGAAGCGGCCCGCACCAGGGCUGCACGACACCUCCGAUGAAGUGUACGACCCCACCGAGACAGACUUCCGCCGCCUGCGCCAGCAGCACCUCGAGGGCGAGCUGCGCUCGGAGAAGGAAGAGCGCGAGCGCCGCAAGGACAAACAGAAGCUGAAGCAGCGCAAGGAGAACGACCUGCCCCCCGCCCUGCUAUCGGGCAGCAGCGAGCCCGCGCGCAAGCGGAGCAAGCUUGUGCUGCCGGAGCCCCAGAUCUCGGAGUCUGAGCUGGAGCAGGUGGUGAAGCUGGGCAAGGCAAGCGAGACCGCUCGGGAGGCCGCCGAGGAAUCCGGCCACAAGGCCUCAGAGCCCCUGCUGGCAGACUACAGUCUGACCCCAGGGGGAGCGGGGCCCCUGAGGACCCCCAAGGGACCCUCCCUCAGCAGGGACACCAUCCUCAUGGAGGCCCAGAACAUCAUGGCCCUGACCAAUGUGGACACUCCGCUCAAGGGCGGCCUCAACACUCCACUUCAUGAGACAGAAAUCGGUGUCGCCACACCCAAGAAGGCCGGCACCAUGACCCCCAACAACCUCAUCGUUACCCCAUUCCGGACACCAGGUGGCACUUUGGAGGGCACGACUCCGAGAGGAGGCCGCACUCCCGGAAGCAUCCCUGGGAGCACCCCGCUGUCCAGUGCCACUCCUUUGAGGGACAAACUCAACAUUAACCCCGAGGACCACCUGGAUUUCGACACCAACCAGUCGGCCAAGCAGUUCCAGAAACAAACGAAGCAGCACCUGCUCAAAGCCCUGUCGUCACUCCCGGCACCCAAAAACGACUACGAGAUUGUGGUUCCCGAGGACGACCCGAGCCUGUUGGAGUCUGCGUCACAAGAGCACAUGGUCGAAGACCAGGCUGACAUGGACUCGGCCAAGGAGCACGAGAGGCUGGAGAAACUGGAGGCGGAGCGCAAGCUACAGUCGCUGGCGGUGCAGCGGGACCUCCCACGGCCCCUGGACGUGAACGCUUCGGUGCUGCGGCCGGCCCACACGGAGCCCCCGCUGACGGACCUGCAGAGGGCGGAGGAGCUCAUCAAGCAGGAGAUGCUGGUGAUGCAGCACUACGACGCACUGCACCACCCGACCGCCCACCAGCGCCCUGGGGGAGGGCCCAGGAAGGGGGCCCCCAUGGACGAGGCCCAGCACCUGGCCUACCUGGACAGGCACCCCUACCGCAAGUACUCUCGAGAGGACCUGCAGGCCGCGGAGGAAGUGCUGAAGGCAGAGAUGGAGGUGGUGCGCCGGGGCAUGGGCCACGGGGACCUGAGCCUGGAGGCGUACAGCCAAGUGUGGGACGAGUGCCUGGCACAGGUGCUCUUUCUGCCCGCUCAGAACCGCUACACCCGGGCCAACCUGGCCUCCAAGAAGGACCGCAUUGAGUCCCUCGACAAACGCCUGGAGCAAAACCGAGGCCACAUGACUCGGGAAGCCAAGAAGGCAGCCAAAGUGGAGAAGAAGCUCCGAGUGCUGCUUGGUGGAUACCAGUCGAGGGGCCAGGCCCUGAUUAAGCAGAUCCAGGAGUUGGCAGAGCAGAUAGAGCAGACACACUUGGAGCUGAAGACAUUCCAGGCCCUACAGGAACACGAGUCUCUGGCUAUUCCGAAGAGGGUGGAGGCUUUGACGGAAGAUGUCAACAGGCAAGUGGAGCGAGAGAAGGCUCUCCAGAAGAGAUACAACGACCUUCUGCAGCAAAAGGAAUUGGUCGAAGAGGCCCUCGUGGAUGUGCAAUCCUAGAGACUGAGGUGGCCUGUUGUGAAAAGGGAGAAGUGCCCUCGGGACAUCCUAUAUUUACCAAAAGUCACGAUUACAUGUCUGCUCAUUUGUUACGGGAAUCUGUUUUUUUUUUUUUUUUGCACCAUCAACCUUUUAUUGUGAAACACUUUUGCUUUUGGUAGUGUACACUUAAGAGCUGCAGAAUGUCAUUAAGAUGGCAUAGGCAAAUAAAAAAAAUUCCACUCUGUCC